CUUGAGCGAAAGCAGAAGGUCGUGCCAUUUGCGGGGAGGAUGAUGAUAUAAGGUACACAGCCACUGCUGCUUUCCAAUGCUUAAUCCUUUCCUUCCUCAACCUUUGUUUACCAAUUGACAAGAUGGAUGAGAAGCAACAACUCAUCGGGACACUCCCGGUCGUUAACGACAUCUCUGAGCAGCGUGCACAAGCAAAGAAGAGCUCGCGCUGGGGAACAAUCAAGCUUAUCACAUCCUGUGCGGCUCUUGUUGCUCUCCUUCACUGGACUUUCGUCCUUCCCCAGCUUCCCUUGAAGCACCAUGGAAAGCAUGGCAAGCACCAUCACCACCAGAAAUCGCAAUGUCCCCAGGUUGAGCCACUUGUGCCCAGCCAGCAAAGUGACCAGCUGGUCAACAUGGAUGCCUACCUCAAGUCUUCUACUUUCUUGAACUCAUCUAUUCAGCGCCUUGCUGGCGCUGUUCAGAUCGACACUCAAUCAUUCGAUGAUCUGGGCGCCGUCGGCAAGGACAAGCGCUGGGAAGUUUUCUACCCUUUCCACGAGUACCUAGAGGAGACCUUCCCUCUUGUCUACGAACACCUCAAGGUCGAGAAGGUCAACACUCACGGUCUUGUCUACACUUGGCAAGGCUCAGAUGCUAAGCUGAAGCCAACUCUGCUCAUGGCUCAUCAAGACACUGUACCUGUUCCUGACGCUACUCUUGAUGCUUGGACACACCCUCCAUGGUCUGGCUACUUUGAUGGCAAGGAGAUCUGGGGCCGCGGUUCUUCCGACUGUAAGAACCAGCUUAUUGCCAUCCUCGAGUCCGUCGAGUUCUUGCUUGACGCUGGCUUCACACCCGCCAGAACUGUGCUCCUCUCCUUCGGCUUUGACGAGGAGAUCAGUGGUGGCCAGGGUGCAGGGACUCUUGCUCCUUUCAUCCUUGAACGCUACGGUCCCGACUCCCUUGCUGUUAUCGUAGAUGAGGGUGCUGGCAUCUCUGAUGAGUGGGGUGUUACUAUGGCUACUCCCGGUGUCGCCGAGAAGGGCUACACCGAUGUUGUGAUCACCAUCCGCAUGCCUGGCGGCCAUUCCUCUAUUCCCCCAGACCACACCGCUAUUGGUGUCAUGAGUGAGCUCAUCACUUUGAUCGAAGCAGACAAGUACCCUCUCCAUCUUGAUGGAAAGAAUCCCUACCUCAGCCAGCUUUACUGUGGUGCUGAGCACGCAACUGAAUUCCCCAAGAAGCUCGGAAAGCUGCUUGACAAGGCCCAGGGUCAAUGCAAGGCAAAGCCUGAUCAGCUCGCAGCUGAGGCUGCCAAGGCAGGCCCUGCCAUCCAGUACUUGAUGCAGACUUCCAUCGCUGUCGAUGUCAUUGGUGGAGGUGUCAAGGUCAACGCUCUUCCUGAGCGCGUCCAAGCUAUUGUCAACCACCGCAUCAACGUCGGCGAGCACCCUGCUGAUGCUCACGCCAAGAUCGCUGGUCUUGCCAAAGAGGUUGCAAAGAAGUACGGCCUCGCUUUGCACUCUUUCGACAACACCACCGAGGCUCCCUCUUCCAUCUCGCUCACCGCCUUCGAGCACGUUCUCGAGCCUGCUCCUGUCACACCUACCUCGGUCGAAGGUGAGACUGCCUACAGCGUCCUUUCUGGCUCAAUCCGUGCUCUGUACGGCAGCGAGGUCAUUGUCGCUCCUGGUAUCAUGACUGGCAACACUGACACCAAGUACUACUGGGACCUGUCUCGCAACAUCUUCCGUUUCGCUCCCGGUUACGAUGGCGAGUCAAGCGGUCUGGGCAACAUCCACACUGUCGACGAGAGAGUCUCUAUCAAGAACCACGUCAACACUGUUCAGUGGUUCUCCUUGUUCAUUCGCAACAUGGAUGAGGCCGAGCUGGAGUAAGCAGUUGUUGUAGAGAGCGAGCUUAGUUGAUAGUAUAUAGAAGGUGCACAAGCAAUGAAACAUACUCCAAACAAAUCCCCUUCCCUUAGCAGUUCACGUCAGGCCUUCCGACUUCAGGUUUUGACGAAACGAAAAAGAAAAUUGUCAGACAGAGUUCAGACCAUCUCGCAAAGCUCGGCCUUGGCAGUUGACAGCUCGCUAUUGAGCAUCUCGAUUUAC